AUGGGACACAUAAAUUUUGUGGAGCUAAAGCUAUUGUUGAAUGUACUGUUGGUUGCGAUUCUGGUGCGCGGCCAUGGCUCACAGUCGGACUUGCAGCCGGAGUUUUUGGCUCCGUUGGACAACCUCACGGUGACGCAGGGACGCGAUGUGUCAUUCACCUGUGUGGUGAACAAUCUCGGACAAUAUCGGGUGGCAUGGAUAAAGUCGGACUCGAAAGCAAUCCUCGCCAUUCACACCCAUAUGGUAGCGGUAAAUCCGCGCCUGUCGGUCACGCAUAAUGGGCACAACACCUGGAAGCUGCACAUUUCGCACGUGCAGCUCAACGACUCCGGAAGUUAUAUGUGCCAAGUCAACACGGAUCCAAUGCGGCAUCAGUCCGGUCAUCUGGAUGUGGUAGUUCCGCCGGACAUCCUAAACAGCAACGAUCCAAAUAGUGCUUCCCUGGAAGAAGGCAUCGCCAACGAAGGUGGCAAUAUACAACUAUUGUGCCAAGCGGUUGGCGUACCACUACCGAACGUCCAAUGGCGCCGAGAGGGCGGUAAGGACAUCGUUAUACGAUCCGACGGUCGUGAGAAGCAAGUGGUGAAAUUCGUCGAAGGAGAACGGCUCGCUCUGAGUCAGGUGCAGCGUACGGACAUGGGAGGAUAUUUAUGCAUUGCUUCCAACGGAGUGCCUCCCUCGGUGAGCAAGCGGUACGACGUGCAAGUCAAUUUUCCGCCCAGCGUGAAAGCCGGUAAUCAGCUGGUGGCAGCACCGGUGGAAAGUCACGUCAUGCUGCAGUGUAUCGUGGAAUCUUUCCCGACGCCGCUCAACGGGUGGUACAAAAACGACGGAAUCAAGCUUUACGAAGGGGAAAAGUACAUUAUCAGCGAGGAAAAACUGAAUGUCUUCACCUGGCAGCUUAAUCUGACGGUGAAAAACCUCCAAAAGACGGACUUUGGAGCGUACGCGUGCUCCAGUAUCAAUGCCUUGGGGAAGGCCGACGCCCGGAUACGGCUGCAAGAGCUUCGGUUGCCGCCGAAGCCGACGACCACUCCGGCGCCGUACGUGCCACCGACGGCGAAACAACCGCGGCGGAAGCCCCACCAUCAGGGCCACGGCAAGUCCAGCCACGAUGGUACCGGCAAAAGUGGCCAGAGCGGUAGCUUCAACCGGGAUAGCUACAUCAUCAAUCACAUCCAAGAGAACGACCUGCUCGGUGGCUUUGGUUCCGAUGUGCCCCCACGGGGAGGUCACGGAGCGAACGGCGGCUUCGGAGGCUACGGUUCCGGUGCGGGUGUGUACGGUGGAUCCGGAACCGGCAAUGGUGCCGGGACUGGACCCGGCACCGGAGGAGGCGGGAGUAACCUAGAGAAGGCACGCAAUACCCAAAUGCCGGCACCGAUACCGUCGCGGCAGCCACCGCUCUGGAUACGGAACAGCGGGUCGGCCUCGAGUACCCGCUGCGGAGGCCCGUUUGGGUUCGGAGCCGCCUGGUUCGAGGGUGGCUCAGUGCAUCAGCUUCCCCGGCGGGGAUUGGGACCUAUCGGAUCGUCACGUCACGACAGCCAGCGGCAACAAUUGGAUGGUUCCGGUCAGCCACAGCUGCUGCUGGUUCGGUUCGGUUCGGUUCCGCCCGGUCCGGCGGCAGGUAUGUUGCUACUUUACCACCACAACGGGUCAAAGUUUGGCAUGCCCGCCGUUACAUGUCCACAUUUGCGGUACAUUGGUACGGGAAACAUCAACCAUAAAGGCUUUGCAUCGGUCUUUAAUAAUGCUGGGAUGAGUUGUAUAGGAUUUAUUUAUUACGUGUUUCCGGUUACGAGUUUGCUUUUUGUGCUAAACCGAAUGCGGUAA